AUGAAAUCAUCAGACCAUUUUAUAAAAUUAGACAAAUCUCAUCCCAAAUUAAUUAAUACCAAUGACAAUAGCAAGACUAAUGACACUGGUAAUUAUGGAUUCGAUCCUAAUAAUCUUAUUACCAAGAAAGUUGAUGAUGACCAGAGUAAUUAAAGAUCCUAAAGCUUACUGAAAUAAGAAAGUUUAUCAAUUUAGGAGCCUGCUGAGAAAUAUAGAGAGCAUAGAAGAAGGUUUAAAAGUCUUUAUCAAUUAUAAAAAAGGAAAUCAAUUGAGAAUGAACUGCUUCGAAGUAUAAGCAAUUAUCAGUCUUAUCCAAAAGAAAAAAUUGAUCCAUCUGAUGUAAAUUCUGCCUCUGUCACUCCAAGCAACUCAGGUGCUCAAUUAAAUUUUCAAAAUUUAUAGAUUAUGCAUCAAAGGGUUAAAAGUGGUACUAUAUUCAAAUAGAAUGUUCAUUAAAACAAUAAGUCAUAGAUAUCUCUAGGCUCUAUCUAGAGAAAGAGUACUAUAGUCUUUCAUGAUGAGGAGAACUAUCAAAAAGUCGUGAGUUUUCCAUAGUCACUUAAAAACAGUGAAAUAUAAAGAAACUCUUCUUGCGAAAGUCCUAAUAAAAAUCAACAAGAAGUAAUAGGCAAUUAUAAUCAAGAUGAAAAAAUAAAUACAUUUUAAAAUGUUUAGCCAUUUAGUGGAUAAUUUGACAUGAAAUAACUAAGUAUUGAUCUUAAGUAACUAAAGCACAUCCAAAAUUAAUAAGAUUAUUAAAUUCAUUCCCAGGGAGGCGUUGAUGGAUUCUAUUAUGGUAAUUAGUUCGUAGAUUAAAUACUAGAAGAGGAUGAUGAUGAGGGUAAACCUGAAGUACACAUUGUAGACCCUUUGAAUAUAACGCAUGAUUCUGGUGAAUCGAGUCCUGACGGUAUGAAGCAUCUUGAAUUCAUUAAUGUAUAAGAAAAUGAAUCAUAAAAUCAUGAGUAGCUGGUCAGCUUUGUAAAUUAUGAAGAUACUUAAGAUGAAAAUAAAGCAAGAGACUCUUAUUAAAUUGAAGUGCACCAGCCGAAAAUCGACUACUAUUAAAAUAACUCCAUUGAAAAUUUGCAACAAUAUGCGCAAGAGAGAUAUUUCACGAAGCAAUUUAAUCAGGAAUUUAGUUAAGUAAAUAUUAAUAAUAAAGUAAAAAAGGUUCCCUUUCUCACAUAACUUGCCACCGAACGUAUUGGACAAAAACCUCCGAUGUUUCAAUCAAAAUCCUACAAAUUAAAGAGCAAUCGAGUAAAACCUAUUAGUAACAAUAAUUUUAAAAGUAAUCAUUCAGGUUUAGAUUCUGCAUAAAGCAGAGAAAGAUCUUAUUUUCUUGUAUAACAAUAAUUAUAAAAUGCUAAAAUCAUCAGCAAGGAGAAUGAGAAAUCCUAAAACUAUAUUACACCUCAGGGUGAAUGUACUGAUUAUCUGAUUCUUCUUAGUAAUUUCCUGAGGAAUUCAUAUUAAAGGAAAAGCUUUCAGAUAAAAGCCUUCUUAUCAUAUUCCAAUGACGCAAAUCAAACAAUUUCUUAAUCACACGAUAUAUUCAACAAAAAUCAUAACAAAAUUCUAGUGAUAAAGUUAUGGAAUAUUAUAAAAGAAGAUAAAUAAAUACUUGAAAGAGUUGACCUUAUUGAGAAAAUAUUGUUCAUAAUCUAGCAAAAGUUGAAUCAAUAAAUAAUAAAUACUAAGAUUUAUAUCGAAGAUGUUCUUGAUUAUAUAUACUCAGACUAAAAAUAGAUUCUUAACUCCUAAAAAAAUGGUUCUAAGUUUUAUCACAAAUAUUUGAACAGAGAUCAAUUGCCAUCAGUAUAAACAAUUUGUAAAAUUUGCAAUAAAAACACAGAUUUCAAAGAUAUUGAGAACUUUAAAGCAUUUAACGACAAAAAUUCAAGUUAGUAAAUCUAAGUUUCCAAUAUAAAUGGAAGAUUACUAAUUAGUAAUAAGAAAAUGAUAGAUCUGUAAGAGGAUCUUUUGCAUUGCUAAAGUUUAUAAUAGAACUAAUAGAAGCUUCAAUUAUAAUAGCAAGCCUAUAACAAUCUACUUAAUAUGUAGAUAACUCCAGAAUAUCUGAAUGAGAAUGUAAAAUAGGAAUCAAUAGAGAGAAAUCUGAUGAUGAGCUCUCGGCCAGAUAUUGUUGAUGAAGAAGCUAUUUCAAAAUGCACUUUCGGGCCAUAAAACACUGAUUAAGAUGACGAUUAGCGAGGAUCAGUUUAAAUAAAAAAUUACAAGACUCAACAAAUGACAUCGCAAAUACUUAAUCUAAAAAACAAGAUACCUGAAAAUUCUAAGGUUGUUAGAAGAGAAAUAAGUUUAUAUUCAGGCGGUGCGAGUAGAAGUGGUGAUAUUUUUAGCGUAAGAUCUCCUCAAUUUUUGCUAAAUUCCCAGUUUGGAGUAAACACUUAAAACUUCAAUGCUCAGAGAAAUAAUAACCAUAAUACAAUUCAUCUCCAUGAAUCAUCAGCCAGUGCCUCAUUGAUAGAAUCAGCCAUAAUAACUAACAGAUCUCAGCUUAUUUUUAAAAGUGGAUAGAAUCUUAAAUCUGCUGGUUCUAGAGAUUUCUAUCUUAGAAAUUACCUUAAUUCCAAUCAGAUUCCACUUAAAAAUGAAGUCCUGAAAUCUUAAUCUAAUAUGAUACAUUCGAUUGUAUUUGAUGAAAACGAAGUCUGUGAAAUUUGUGGCGAGACAAUUGAAAAGCAUGACCUUGACAUAAAUUUUGAACUUCAUUAUUAAAUAGAACAAUAUUAAGAAAUGCUUGUAAACACUACAUACAAUCAAAAUAGUACACUUAUAUAAAAUGCAAUGACUCGCCAUUCGAAAAAGCAUUCACUUAUCAAAUAAGAUGAUGAUAAAAACUAAAUAAAGUUUCAAAUAAACAAUGAGACUGGUGCUGGACUUUUAAGAACUAAGACUCCAGUAGAUAUAGAACAGCAAGAAUAAAUUGAUUUCAUAGGUUAAAAUGAUAAUAUAUAGAAAGAAGAUGGACCUUCUAUUAAACAACUCUCUAAAGCAAAAGAAACUCUAACGUAAAAGCUUUAUAAUAAACUCUUCUAAUCUUCUGGAGCUGGUAAUGAAAAUACUUUAAUAUCUCAAGCUCAUACUUUAAAGAAUAAUUAGGAAAAUAGACUGUCAAGUUUAGAGUUCUAAACCUGCUAUGGAUUAAAUAAUUUUAAAAGUGUAGUGUAAUUUAGCAAGAAUCGCUCAUUUAUAUAAAACCAAUAGUCUUAAAGAUAGAUAGGUACUCUGUAAUCAAUCUUAAAAAAGAAAAAUAAUGGGCCAGGUCAUUUCAAAUAGAUGAGUGUUGGUGAAUAAGAAGGACUUCAACAUAGAUUAGAUCUUGCCAGAUUUAACAUUAUGAACGGACUAGGUAUUAUCUCAAAGUAAAACUCUGCUGUGCAGGUUUUCCAGCCUACUGAGCUUUAAAACAAAAAUAUGAAAUUUAUUCAGAGCAAAUUUAUUGAUUCAACUCAGAAUAUUCCAGAAGAAACUCAUGUAAUCUGCAUUAUUUGUGCUGAGUAAUUUGAAAAAUCACUAUGGAAGUAAAUAAAAAUGAAAUGUGAAAAUUAAAGUGUAAAGCAUCUUAUUUGCAGCAAUUGUAACAUUCAUUGUAUUGAGGAGCAAAUUAAGUAGUUUAGAAAAGAACUAAUAUUGUAAGAAUAUAUUUAUAAAGCUAGAUUUGUGAUGAUUGCGGAUAGACUUAAUGCAAUUUAUGUGGAUUUGAAGAUCAUCCAUAUCUAGCCUGUGAUAAAGUAACAGUUAAUUAAAAUCACAAAGAAAAUCUGUUAGUUUAAGUAAAAGGUGGACAAAAUCUACUUAUAUGUUAGCAAUUCUUGGCAUUUUAUUAUGGUUGAUAUUUGGUAUUCUAGUCAGUCCAAUUAUUUACACCAAUCUCAGUAUUUAAAAAUGCAGAACUUACAGCAAUAAAUUUUAGAUAGUUGA